GGAGCUUUGGCUUGUACUAAAGAUCAACCUGUCGCUGACGCAGGCCGACCAUAUCGCAUUGCCAGACUUACUGAUCGCUUUUUCAAGUGGAAGCGACUCUCCAAUUCAUUUGCAACUUGCAUAUACAUAUUCUCCUCCACCCUUUCGUUGACCGCAUUCAAGAUAAGAUUUGCUUGUUCUCGAAUCGGAGUGCCCUGGCAAAUCAAGAAGGGACAUGUUCUUGUCCACAUAACUGGCCAACAUGUCCCCCCUCAGAGGCUAUAUUACUUCUUAUUCUCCGCGAGUCCGCCAAUAUGGAAACGCGCUUCUCGCACCGGUCAUUCCUCCAAGCCAAACCGGUCCGACACCUCGAAUGACAAAGAGAGGAACAGCGGCAAUAAACUACGCUGAAGAUGGGUUUGACGACGACGACUUUGAGGACAGUGAAGGUCCCCGACGACCCACUGGCUUGAGGAGCCUUCGACGGGAAGAGUCGACUAUUGACAAGGUUCCUUUGGCGGAAAAGUUGGGCAAAGAAGUUCAUACUCCUGUUGAAGUUCAAGGGGUAUUUCGGGACUGGAUGAUUAAGAGGAUGCUGAGGCCUGUCUGCGCCGACCAACUGCAGAUUCAGGCGCAGCUCCCCCUCACCCUAAUACCCAUUCGCAUUGAUUUAGAAGUUCCAGCGCAUCAACCUCUAGAACCCUUCCAAUUGCCACGAACUGUUCUGGAUCCCGGUAUCAACCCUACUCUCCCCGGCUAUAGAAGACCCGAGCCGUUGCCUGCGUACAGGAUCAAGGAUACAUUCCUUUGGAACCUUCACGAAGCGCUGGCAACUCCUGAAGAAUUCGCUACCGGCUUUGUUCGUGACUUAGACCUACCCAAUCCGCAGGCCAUGACAAUGGCAAUCAGCAAUCAAAUUCGUCAACAAUUAGAAGAAUAUGCCGGUGUUGCGCUACAUCCGCUAUUUCAAAGUACAGUGCCAAAGCUGCCUUCUGCCAGCCAAGCUGGUGUAUCGCGCGAUGUAUCCGCAACUCCUGCUCCUACCCAUGCCGCCACGCCUGAUAGCAGAUCCAACACUGUGACUGUAAUCAAAGAACCGUUUGUUAACGACAGUUUCUUGAAUCCGGAUGAUGCAUACCGAUGCAUGAUUAAUCUCAACAUUAACCUGCAAAAUAAAUUAUACACUGACAAAUUCGAGUGGUCUCUGCUACAUCCUCCCGGCAUGGCAGAGGAAUUCGCGAAAAUCACUUGUGCCGAUCUGGGUCUGGGUGGAGAGUGGGUUAGCGCUAUUGCACAUGGUAUUUAUGAAGCUGUUCUAAAGUUGAAGAAAGAAGUUUGUGAAAGUGGUGGUUUAGUCAGUGGCAUUGGCGGCUAUGGAAAUGAGAUCGACAACCAGGCGGCCAAUGGCACUGAGGCCGGCUGGCGUUAUGACCCGGAGGGACUCGGCGAUGAAUGGGAACCCAAAGUGGAGACGUUGUCAAAGGAAGAAAUUGAGAAGCGGGAAGGUGAUCGUGAACGGCAGAUCCGGCGUCUACGACGAGAAACUGCUAGGUUCUCUUCUACUGCAGGCAUAACUCCAGACGUUUCUCGACAAGGUAGCGGGGGCUAUUUUGACGUUGACAGCGAGACCCCUCUAGGUAGGGGUGAAAGGAGCAAACGAAAAAGGCGUUUCCGCAGCCUGAGCCCAUUGGGAAGAGGAGGUACACCUGGCGGACGUGGAACUCCAGACACCUCUUCAGGCGCCGGGUAUGGCGGUGGCGGCGGUACAUUGUCCGAUUGGGAACGGCAAAAUUGGCGGUGCAGUAACUGCAUGGUAUGGGGUACCGCUGUUUGGGCUGUUCGGGAUGGCCCUGCCGGUCCAAGGACACUUUGCCACAAUUGUGGUCUCCUAUACGAACGUGAUAAAGUUGCACCGGAAUGGUCCAGAGAUCUACACCGUCAUGAUAUACCGAUUGGCCGAGCAUAGUACCAACCGAUUGACAUGCUUGGCGUAGCUUUCGUCGCCAGUCUAUUCAUAUAGCUUCGGAUCCGUUACGAGCGCAACACCAUAAUUACAUUUAGUGGAACUAAAGACUGCAUCCUACAUCACUUCAGGAUUGGAACAUAGUCCCUGUACUUUUUCAAAACUUUGGCCAUGAUAUCUUUAAUGAACCCUUCACAGUUAGGAUUCGGCGUCUUUGAUGUGAUUUAUGUCUUGUUUCUUUUUAUCACCAUUAUUAUUAACUUUUACUUAUUACCCUCUGCACUUCUCUUUC